AUGUCCACCUCUCCAGUCGCUAAGAAGAUGAAGUCGACAAAGGUCAUCGGCACCCACUCGGGCACCUUCCACUGUGACGAGGCCCUCGCCGUCUUCCUCCUCCGCCUGACGGACCAAUUCAAGGACGCCGACCUCGUGCGCACUCGCGACCCUACCAAGCUCGAGCCGCUGGACAUUGUCGUCGACGUCGGUGGUGUGUACGACGCAGAGAAGGAGCGCUACGACCACCACCAGCGCGGCUUCACGGAGGUGUUUGGCCACGGCUUUAGCACCAAGCUCUCCUCGGCUGGCCUCGUGUACAAGCACUACGGCAAGCACAUCAUCGCACGCACCCUCAACCUUGCGGAGGAGGAGGACAAGGUCCACACCCUCUGGCUUCAGCUGUACUCUGAGCUUAUCGAGAGCAUUGACGCUAUCGACAACGGUGUCAACAUUGCCGACGGGGCCCUCCAAUACAACCAGCGCACCGACUUGAGCUCGCGUGUCCGCCGCCUCAACCCCCGCUGGAACGAGCCGGCCUCGGACGACGUCUACGACGCCAAGUUUGCGGUUGCGUCUAAGAUGACUGGGGAGGAGUUCCUCCAGCAGCUCGACUACUUUGCCAACGCGUGGCUCCCGGCUCGCGACAUUGUCGCUGCGGCGAUUGAGGAGCGCUGGGACGUCGACCCGUCCGGAGAGAUCAUCAUGUUCAAGCAGUGCGGACCCUGGAAGGACCACCUCUUCUCGAUCGAGUCGACCCUCCAGCCUCCCGCUCACAUUCUCUACGUUCUCUACCCCGAGAACCCCGACAAGUCGGACACCAAGUGGCGCAUUCAGUGCGUCCCCAAGAACUCCGACAGCUUUGAGAACCGCAAGAGCCUGCCCGAGGCGUGGCGCGGAGUUCGUGAUGCCGAUCUUGAGCACGUGUCAGGAAUCCCUGGCGCAUUCUUUUGCCACGCUAGCGGAUUUAUCGGGGGCGCUUUGACGUACAGCGGCGUGGUCGCGAUGGCACGCGCGGCGCUGAGCCAGUGA